AUGUCUGAACAUCUUAAGAUUACAAGAGCAGGAACUAAAAGACGGUUAACCCUGUGUAUUCCAUCAUCUGCUAUUUCAUCUUCCAACUGCCGUACGGGCCAACAAGUGGCAGCCACAGCACACCAGAUUGCACGAACAGCGGUGCAGUUUGGUGUUUCUGAAAUCAUUGUUUAUGAUACUGCAAAACCAUCAAGAGAAGAAAGUGCACCAGUUGUUGUAGCACAGGAACUUGAAAAACCCAAGAAAAUUGUUUUUGGUGAAGACUCAAGCGAUGAGCCGCAGCCCAGUACAGAAGACAAGAGCACACCAAUCACCAACGACGACGACGCUGAACUUUCUGAUCAAGACAAGCUUGUUGGACUGCUUGAAUAUUUUGUCACUCCCUCAUAUUUACGGAAAAGCUUGUUUGGUGACCGGACGCACUUUUUCGAUUCCAUUGCCAAGAAGUUACCCAAGCUUCCAGGUCUUGAUCUGCUAAACCAUGAAAAUAGUCGGUACUUUAUUGGACUGAGUGUAAACCGUAAGGUGAGAAAGUCCAAGACACGUACGAUUACGAGCAGCAACGGGCGCAAGCGUAAGAGAAAAACCAAGGUGACUGGGUCUGCCGAGGAAAAUGAUCCGGGACUUACUGGAUAUGUCAACAUUGGCGAGAAAAAGGUACUGAAACUGGCAGGCAAAGUAAAAGUUCCUGUACACUCGAUUGUUGUGAUUGACAAGGAAACAAAGGCGGUAGUUUCACCAGAGGAUGCCUUUGGUAACGACAAAAAGCUGGAGCAAUUACAGAAGAAGGGGAUUGAGACGAGUGACACACACUGGACUACGGUGGGAUUCGGGUAUAAGGUCCGCAAAGUAGAGAAUUUUGGGCAGGUGUUUACUGAGUGUCCUUAUUCUGGAGGUUACCGGUAUACAGCUUUUGCACCAUGUGCUGAAUUUUUGGAGCAGCAGAACAAGGCGACUGGAGCAAACGAGAUUGCUUUGAUUGAGGAGGAAACCUUUUUGAUCAAGGGUAUUACAACAACACCUGGAGAUGAUGUACCAGUGUUGCUUAUUACUGGCAAAUGGAAGGAAUUGGAGCAGGCUGUUUUAGCAGACUCUGUAAAUUUUGCUGGUCUAGAGAAGGCUCAGAUGUUGUUUGAUGGGCGGAUCCGGAUGGGACGUGGUGCUCGUGUAGAGGAUGCGGUGUUGAUUGCAAUGUCCAAGAUUGAAGGCUUGUAG